GGCAGUGACUUCCAGGCACCCCAUUCGCUCCUGCCCAAGCAAAAACCAAGGGGAGUUCCAAGUUCACAUCAAAUAAAUUUUUGGCGGCUGAUCAGCGGGGAAUUCCCGAUUGCUUUUCACUGCACUGCAGUACAGCCAAUUGAAUCCUUUCAUCACCGUACAAGCUAUCCCAAACCUGCACUUGCACUAGCGAGGAAUGAGGCCGUUUUCUCGACUUCCUGGAAUACUGCACUAGCAGGCAUAGUCGCCCCAAUAUCUGAGGUGGUGAAGACUGCGAGAAUGGCUUCAACAAAAACCUUUACGGCGCAGGGAGUCCGCGUCGCCGUGCAAGGCUGUGGACAUGGCACACUCGAUGCAAUCUACGCGACGGUGGAGAGGUCCUGCAAAGAGCGCAACUGGGACGGCGUUGAUCUUGUCAUCAUUGGCGGCGAUUUUCAGGCCGUCCGCAAUGCUGCCGACCUGACCGUCAUGUCGGUGCCGGCCAAAUACCGCGAGCUGGGCGACUUCCCAGACUACUACAGCGGCGCCAAGAUAGCGCCGUUCCUGACCCUGUUCGUCGGCGGCAACCACGAGGCCGCAUCGCACCUAUGGGAGCUGUACUAUGGCGGCUGGGUGGCGCCCAAAAUCUACUACAUGGGUGCCGCCAACGUGCUGCGGCUGGGCCCGCUGCGCAUCGCCGGCAUGAGCGGCAUCUACAAGAAGUUCGAGUACAGGAAGCCCCACCACGAGCGCCUGCCCUUUGGCAACGACGACAUCAGGAGCUUCUACCACGUGCGCGAGAUCGACGUGCGCAAGCUGCUGCAGCUGCGCACCCAGGUCGACAUCGGCCUCAGCCACGACUGGCCGCGCGCCAUUGAGAACCACGGGAACGAGAGACGGCUGUUCAAGAUGAAGCCUGACUUUGAGCAAGAGUCUCGCGACGGCACCCUGGGGAACCCGGCCGCCCAGUAUGUCAUGGACCGGCUCAGGCCCCCCUACUGGUUCUCGGCGCAUCUGCAUUGCAAGUGGUCGGCCAUCAAAACGUACGAGCCUCCGGCAUUGCCUGAAGACACGUCCGUCAAAGCCGGAGCCGGAGGACCGAGCAUCCACGCUCAAGCAAACCAACCGGCUUUAAACGAAGCCCUCCCACCCGCAGCGAAUCCCGAUGAGAUCAACCUGGACCUCGACGACGACGACGACGACGGUCGCGAUCCCAAAGCCGGAGGACCGAGCACCCACGCUCAAGCAAACCAACCGGCUUUGAGCGAAGCCCUGCCGCCCGCGGCGAACCCUGACGAGAUCGACCUGGACCUCGACGACGACGACGACGACGACGAUGCUGGCGCAGCCACUACAGCAGAGGAACUUAAAAAACAACCAAAGCCUGCGGCGGUCAAAACAGAGCAAGCAGCUCCCCCGACUACAGACACGGCGGAACUCGGAAACAAAUACCACAAAGAGCUGCUCGAGUCUUUGCGGAAGAAGAACACAUCAGCCGUGCCGGGCCAGCCCGUGCCCGCCGGCAUCACCAACACGACAGUGCGCUUCCUUGCGCUCGACAAAUGCCUGCCCGGCCGACAUUUCCUGCAGCUGUGCGAGAUCCCGCCCCUGAACCCAUCCGACGCUGAGAAAUAUCCCCCUAGAAACCCCAACCCCAACACCAACGCCAGCGACCAACCUACCACCACCACCGCUGCGAGCUACCCGUCGCGCUACACGCUGCAGUACGACGCCGAGUGGCUAGCCAUCACGCGGGUAUUCGCCGCGUCGGUGACGGUCGGCCACCGCGGGGCGGCGACGCCGGCGGACCUCGGCGAGGCGCACUACCGGCCGUUGAUCGAGGCCGAGGAGGCGUGGGUGCGAGCGCACGUGGUCGAGGCGGGCAAGCUGGACGUGCCGGCCAACUUUGCGUGGACGGCGCCACCGCACGUUCCUGGCGGCCCGCCACCCAACUUGAGCGUGGAGCAGCAGCCCGACGAGUACACGAACCCGCAGACGGCGGCCUACUGCGUGCUGCUGGGCGUGCCCAACAUCUGGGACGCGACGGACGAGGAGAGGCGGGAGAGGAAGGAGAGGGGGCCGCCGCCUUCUCAUCACGACGGCGGCGGGGGAAGAGGAGGGUUCCGGGGUGGUGGAGGACGGGGCGGUAGAGGAGGGAGAGGCGGCAGAGGCGGGAGGGGUGAUUUUGGUGGACGCGGACGUGGACGCGGAAGAGGACGAGGGGGGAGAUGGUAGUUUGCAUCAGCGCAUACAAGCAUUCAGGCA